GGCAAGGACCUCGUGGUGGGUGUGGCAGGAAGUAGAUUCGGCAUUCGGGGGCGGGCCUAGAGGCGCUUAUUCCGAGUACGGACUGGCGAAACCAUCGAGUCUGAGGGCCAGAGAGUCAUGAAAGUAAGGGGGCGGAGUGACAGAUUUCUCCCGACCACGUUCCUGGGAGCGCGGGCUGGGUUGUGUAGGGUGUCCGGGAGUCAGCCGCUGUGUGUCAGGGUCAGUAGCCGGAGGCCAGGAGAUCUUCGUCAGUGGCUCUCCAUGCAAAAGUGCUUUGGAAUUCUGGAUCUCGGCUCUGAGCCUUAGCGGAGGUCACGGCUGUCAAUUCACCGGUGUCCCGGCGUGCCAGACGGAGGACAGAGUGGCGGUGGAGGAGCGUUGCAGGAGAGUUCUGCUGUUCUCCAUCUCUAGGUUUUGACAGUGCCUCAGAGCCCGUGAGCAUCUGUGUUUUUUCCUUUCAAGAUGCCAUUUACAGACUUUGUUCUGGCCCUCAAAGACAAUCCCUACUUUGGGGCUGGAUUUGGGCUGGUAGGUGUGGGUACAGCUCUGGCUAUGGCCCGGAAAGGAGCCCAGUUGGGUCUAGUGGCAUUCCGUCGCCAUUACAUGAUCACACUGGAAGUCCCUGCUAGAGACAGAAGCUAUGCCUGGUUGCUUAGCUGGCUUACCCGGCACAGCACCCGCACUCAGCACCUCAGUGUUGAGACCUCAUACCUUCAGCAUGAAAGUGGCCGAAUCUCCACCAAGUUUGAAUUCAUCCCCAGCCCUGGAAACCACUUCAUUUGGUAUCAGGGAAAAUGGAUCCGGGUAGAGCGAAAUCGAGAAAUGCAGAUGGUGGACUUGCAAACGGGGACUCCUUGGGAAUCUGUCACCUUCACGGCCCUGGGCACUGAUCGAAAGGUUUUCUUCAACAUCCUGGAGGAAGCGCGAGCCCUGGCUCUGCAGCAGGAGGAAGGGAAGACUGUGAUGUACACAGCUGUGGGUUCUGAAUGGCGAACCUUCGGUUAUCCACGCCGGAGGCGGCCACUGGAUUCUGUAGUCCUACAGCAGGGUCUGGCUGACCGAAUUGUUAAAGAUAUCCGAGAAUUUAUUGAUAAUCCCAAGUGGUACAUUGACAGAGGCAUCCCCUACAGACGUGGCUACCUUCUUUAUGGGCCCCCUGGUUGUGGAAAGAGCAGUUUUAUAACAGCUCUGGCUGGAGAACUGGAACACAGCAUCUGCCUGCUAAGUCUCACAGACUCUAGCCUCUCGGACGACCGGCUCAACCAUCUACUAAGCGUAGUACCCCAGCAGAGCCUGGUGCUCCUGGAAGAUGUAGAUGCUGCUUUUCUCAGUAGAGACUUGGCCGUGGAGAACCCUGUAAAGUACCAAGGAUUAGGUCGCCUCACCUUCAGCGGACUGCUUAAUGCUUUGGAUGGUGUAGCCUCUACCGAGGCUCGAAUUGUGUUCAUGACCACUAACCACAUUGACAGGCUGGAUCCUGCCCUGAUACGUCCUGGGCGAGUAGAUCUGAAGGAGUAUGUGGGCUACUGCUCACACUGGCAGCUGACCCAGAUGUUCCAGAGGUUCUAUCCAGGGCAAGCGCCUUCUUUGGCUGAGAAUUUUGCUGAACAUGUCCUUAAAGCUACAUCCCAGAUUAGUCCUGCCCAGGUGCAAGGCUACUUCAUGCUGUAUAAAAAUGACCCCAUGGGGGCCAUUCACAAUGUCGAAUCUCUGAGGUGACCCACCAGGCCUGUCACACGAAUCUGGUUUGUGACCUUCUUCUUCCCAUUGCUGUGUUUGUAAUUGAGAAUAAAACAGGAGUUGCCAUAG